AUGAAAUCACGGACUAACCCUGCCUGCGGUACCUGCCGGAAGAAAUGUCGCAAGUGUGACCGCGCUCGCCCGGUUUGCAACAGAUGUCGGGUGAAAGGUCUCCACUGCGAGGGCUAUCCUCCGCGGUUUCUCUUCUUUCAAGACCAACUCAGUUCAAAAGGUGAACAGCGGGACGAUUCUAUGCUGUCCUCAGGCGAGCCAUCUCCAAGCCAAGAGACGCGGUCAAACCAUACGACGGCGAUCAAUAAACAAUCCCGAACUGGGAACAACCACAAAAGGCGUAUACGUCGACCGAACCAACCGCAGGGGAAGCCAGACAAGGCCUCAAAUGCAUCUAGAGCAACUACUGAUGCGAUAGGGACCGCCAAACCCUUGCUCGCAGCCACAAUCGAUGAUAUUUUAACAAUGCCCGAGACUGAAAAGCUCCUCAGUUACUUUGAUAAGACUUUAUGUAGAGCACUGAUAAUCGAAACCGACGAUUUGCACAAUCCAUUUCGAGGCUAUAUCCUUCCUCUUGCAUAUCAUGACAUUGGAAUUUUACAUGCUGUACUGGGCGUUACCAUGUGCCACAUAACCUCCUCUGGCAAGCGGGAGACCGAGAAGAUCAGUGUCGCUAGCAUGAUAGAGCAUCAACUCUCCGCAUUGCAAUCCCUCAGCUCGCUUUUGAUGAAAGAAGAGAUAUACGGCCUCACGGAUGAUGAGCAGGACAUGUUACUGGCUGUUGUGAUUCUAUUAGUUCUCUAUGAUAUCUGCGAGACUGGGGUUUCGUCUCAUGGAGUGCAUCUUACCGGGGCUGGCUACAUAUGCGGAAAGCUCGCCCAGCAGCCCAAGGUCAUCACUUCCCCACGAACAGCAUUUCUCCUAACAGCCUUGGCCUGGCUAGACAUUCUUCGAGGAUUCAGCGGCGCGGAAAAGUUGGCUUACAGUGACAAUGUCCGUAGGUGCAUCUUCGAAGCCGAACAUUUCAAUUUAGAGAUUCUAGUAGGAUGUCCAGUAGAGUUGUUUUAUGAGAUAGGAUGUGUUCUCACCGCAGGAAAGCAACAUAUGGACGGAAGGCUAUCCCAGGAUGACUUCCAGGACCUAUUAAACGAUGCGGAACAGUUCUUUCGCGUCUGGAAUCCCAACAACGCUGCGUUUCCGGGUGAAGAUCCGGAGUGGAUACAACUCGCAGAGGCCUACCGCCAUGUUUGUAUCAUUCGCGUGCUCCGGUUCCCAGAUACAUGGGGUGUUCCCUGUGAGGAUCACCGCAUCCAGUCGUCUGUUCGUGCAAUCCUCGAUGCUUCAGCUGGAAUUUCGGCAGACUCAACAUGGUUCAAAAGGUUACUAUUCCCUCUGUUCAUAGCUGGUGCCGAAACAUCUAUACCGCACCAAAACCGAUAUGUCGAUUUCUGUAUGCGUGAGAUCAAAGAGUCAACCGGAUUUCCCCACCCUGCAAUGGAUGAACUACUCACCAGAGUUUGGGGCGAAAGACAGCGACAGGCAGGCAAACCAUGGAAUAUUCCGUGGAUGGAGUUUACAUGCUCUAGGGAUCUGGUCCGCCAACACGACUCCCUGAUGUUUUGA